CACAACAUGGCGGACUAGAAUAGUCGGCCGACGCGCCCGGAUACAGCGGAUAAACCGUGGGAUUUAACACCCAGGAAGGCCAAGAAAGUACACUCUGAAAGGACGAUACGUUUGGGCGAAGAAAGGAUUUUUUUGGGGAGUGCCGUCCUUGCCUAGAUUUAGCAGAUAAACUGACCGCGAAGUGUUGGCUGUGUGUCCCAGAUCGUGCUUCCCUCCUCUGCUAUCACCCAGGUCCCCCCACCCCGCUCACACUCUCGGUUCUUGGGGUGUGGAGACAGGGGCCGGGGUAGAAAAACGUGGAAGAGAAAGAGAGGAUAAAUUCCUUCUUGGCUCCCCCCCUCCCCUCCUCGGGUUUCCUUUGGGCGCUACAGGAGUUGUGGACCACGCUGUGCGAAUGAGUGAUUGAUGCCAACUUCGCUUCUUCAGGGCAGAAUGGGUGUGUGUCCUCUGCUCCUGCUGCUCAGUCUAGCCCUCGGGGCCUCAGCCCAGGAUCAUGUCCCCAUCACAAGUCCUCCAAAUAUCACUGCCAAAGCCACAGACCCCCCUGUUGCACCCUCCCUCAACUUUACAGUUGCACGCAUAGAAGCCCCUACAGGCCCACCCACAACGCUCGCCCCCACAGUCAUCCCAGUGACGACAGUAACAACAGCAACAACAACAACCACAACCCUAGCUGGUGAGAAGGACGUACAAGUGCCGGGUUCCAAUGGCACGAUGCGGGUGUUACCAGUCCCUCCUCCCGCACCUCCAUCUGAUGCCCCUCAGGCACCACCGACCACUGAGCCUCCCCCUCCUCCCAUCCCAGCAGGGGGAGACAACGGGACGACAGCUUUCCCUCCAGACACCCCUACUCCGGACACUUAUAUUGAUGAGGAUACAAUCACGAUGCAGACUGAGACCAUCACAGAACCUGGGAUGGAUACCACUUCAGACACCAGCCCACAAGACAACACCCAGUCUGAUGACAUGCCAAUCAUAGCAGUCAUGGUGGCCCUGUCCUCUCUGCUGGUCAUCAUCUUCAUCAUCAUCAUCCUCUACAUGCUCAGGUUUAAGAAGUACAAGCAGGCGGGCAGCCAUUCAAACUCAUUCAGACUGACCAAUGGUAGAUCGGAUGAUACAGAACUCCAGAGUGUCCCACUAUUGGCCCGUUCACCCAGCACAAACAGGAAGUACCCGCCGCUUCCCGUCGACAAGCUUGAGGAAGAAAUGAACCGUCGCAUGGCUGAUGACAACAAGCUCUUCAGGGAGGAGUUCAAUGCAUUGCCAGUCUGCCCCAUCCAGGCAUCCUGUGAUGCUGCUUCCAAGGAAGAGAAUAAAGAAAAGAACAGAUAUGUCAACAUCCUGCCAUAUGAUCACUCCAGGGUGCAUCUCUCAUCUCUGGAGGGAGUCCCCGAUUCUGACUUUAUCAACGCCUCCUUUAUAAAUGGUUACCAAGAGAAGAAUAAGUUUAUUGCAGCUCAAGGGCCGAAGGAGGAAACGGUAAAUGACUACUGGCGGAUGAUCUGGGAGCAGAACACAGCCACCAUUGUCAUGGUGACCAAUCUGAAGGAGAGAAAAGAGUGCAAGUGUGCCCAGUACUGGCCGGACCAGGGCUGUUGGACAUACGGGAACAUUCGCGUGUCUGUAGAAGACACAAUGGUUCUGGUGGAUUACACCAUCCGCAAGUUCUGCAUACAACAGGUGGGAGAUGUGUCUGGGAAGAAGCCUCAGAGGCUCGUCACCCAGUUCCACUUCACUAGCUGGCCAGACUUCGGGGUGCCCUUCACCCCUAUUGGCAUGCUGAAGUUCCUCAAGAAAGUCAAGAAUUGCAACCCCCAGUAUGCCGGGCCCAUUGUGGUCCAUUGUAGCGCGGGCGUGGGGAGGACAGGUACCUUCAUUGUGAUCGAUGCCAUGUUGGACAUGAUGAUUGCUGAGAGGAAGGUGGACGUGUUUGGCUUUGUCACCAGGAUCAGAGCUCAACGUUGCCAGAUGGUCCAGACUGACAUGCAGUACGUGUUCAUUUUCCAGGCGUUGUUAGAGCACUACUUGUAUGGAGACACAGAGCUGGAAGUGACCUCUCUGGAGUCCCACCUGGCCAAACUCUACGCCCCCUCACCUGGAGCUGGCUGCAGUGGUCUGGAGGCUGAAUUCAAGAAACUGACAUCCAUCAAGAUUCAGAAUGACAAGAUGAGAACAGGCAACCUGCCCGCCAACAUGAAGAAGAACAGAGUCCUACAGAUCAUUCCAUACGAGUUCAACAGAGUGAUCAUUCCAGUCAAACGAGGAGAGGAGAACACAGACUACGUCAAUGCCUCUUUCAUUGAUGGCUACCGUCAGAAGGACUCCUACAUGGCGAGCCAGGGCCCCCUGCAGCACACCAUAGAGGACUUCUGGAGGAUGAUCUGGGAGUGGAGAAGCUGCUCCAUAGUCAUGCUCACUGAGCUGGAGGAGAGAGGGCAGGAAAAGUGUGCUCAGUAUUGGCCAAGUGAUGGAGCAGUGGUCUAUGGGGACAUCUCCAUUGAGAUUAAAAGGGAGGAGGAGAGCGAGAGCUACACAGUGCGUGACCUCCUGGUCACCAACAACCGGGAGAACAAGGCUCGAGCAGUGCGUCAGUUCCAUUUCCACGGCUGGCCGGAGGUGGGCAUUCCCACUGAUGGUAAAGGCAUGAUCAACUUAAUUGCUGCAGUGCAGAAACAACAGCAGCAGUCUGGCAACCACCCCAUCACGGUGCACUGCAGUGCUGGUGCUGGCCGAACAGGGACUUUCUGUGCUUUGAGUACAGUCCUGGAGAGAGUGAAGGCAGAAGGCAUCCUGGAUGUCUUCCAGACAGUCAAGAGCCUCAGACUGCAGAGACCCCACAUGGUGCAGACACUGGAGCAGUAUGAGUUCUGCUACAAAGUGGUCCAGGAGUAUAUUGAUGCCUUUUCUGACUACGCCAACUUCAAGUAGGGACCUGCCGUGGAUGGAUGGAUGUCCAUAUACAAGCAUAUGCACACACCAGAACACACACACUUACAUUAACAUGCAGAAAGCUGCAUAAUCCCAUCUGAUGGAUUUAAAAAAAAAAAAAAAUCAUCACAACUUGACCUGUGGAUGGGAUGAACUGCCCAGAGGAAAAGGGAACAGAGGCCUCGGCCCAGAGGACAGGGCAGCGCAGUCGGACAGAGAAAAUAACUGAGAUGCCUUCUUGAAUAUUUUGUAAUAUUGGUCUUGUUAAUACAUCCCUUCACCCCCAUUUGCUCCCCCUCCCCAUAUGUAUAUAUACUUACUGUGUUGCAUCUUAUUACUUUGGUUUCAGACACAGUUUUGAGUUUGGCUGCAUUUUCGGGUGGCACCUGUAAUGUAUUUUAUUGGGUAUAUAUAUAUAUGAAUAUAAAUCUAAUGCUUUGGAGGCUAAUGUAAAAACAUCCAGAGUCAAGAUAAUGUUUGGGUUUCAUUUUUCCUUUUUUCCUUUUUAGGGACAGAGACUUAAAACAUUUUUGGCUUUGCUAGAGCCGCGCUGUAGCAACAUGUGUGGUAGCAGAACCCUGAACACUUGCAGACAAAACUCCCAGACAUUUAUACAGUACACAUACACACAAGAGGAGCCAUUUUUUUUCACUCAGAUUUAGUUUUAUUUAUCAAGCCAAUUACAAUUUCUCCCCUUAGUUUCAGGGGUUCGAAGGUCACUCACGUUUAAGAAUCUCUGUGACGUAGCUCAUAGACUCAGGUUGACAUACACACACAAACACUAAAUACCAGGAGCCAUUCAUUUUCUUUGAGCAUCUGUGUGUGUGUUUGUUUGAACGGGAGCAUAAGCUAGCAGAGAAGACACAGUGUGUUUUCACAUCACUGUCAGCUAUCAGCCGAGUGCCAAAAGUCCUUCACUCACUUCUUUAUGAAGCUCUGGAGACUGAGACACUCUUCCAACAGUGUUUAGACAUUUCGUCUAAGCUUCUGUAGCCAACAGAUUUCUGGACCAGGAGAUUGGGGGAAAUAGAAAAUAAAUAUAGAUAUUUUUUUUUUUACCCUUUACAGAAAUUUAAGGAAUAGGAGCAAUGGUCAAGCUUUAAUGUAAAAUCUCUUUAUUUUAUUUUAAGGUCUGUUACAGUAUCGGCAGCAAUGUUGGUCAUGUUGACAAACCAAAACACAAUCAAAGUAACUCCAUUAUUGCAUCAUAGAAAUCAACAAAUGCUAUAUACACAGCAUAUUCCUUUUCUUGUUUACAGACACACGUCAGUAUUUCUUGUAGAUUGUAUUGAGCAUUUCUUUACUGUAUGGGUUUCCUUUGAGUCUGCCUGAAUUAACAGUCACUUCUUCCUCCUUUUUUUUUAUAUCUGCCUCGCAUCACUCCACUGUACUGUCACUCUUUUAAAGAAUCAUCCAACUUUAUUUCCCACCAUGAACACUAAUGCUGAAGAAUGUUCAUUUUUAUUCGAAUGCUGUUUCUAACAUAUUCCUCAAAAAUGGAUUCAUUGUUACUUUACUUACUUUACUAGUGGAGGUGUGCCAUGCGAUGUUUGCUAUGAUUUUUAUUUUUUAUUUUUUUAGUCCUGUGAGGACAUUCAAACUUGAACUACAGUGCUUGUUUUUUAGAUGAGGUCACAAUUGAGGCCCUGCCCUUUAUGGCUGUAAUGAAAAUUUAAUCAUGUCAGUUAACCACAGAGCUUUCAGGUCAGCCCUUAUUUCAACUCAGUCAGCUCAGGAAAUGACUGAUGCCAGGGUUGUUUAAAUUUUCAAAUUGAACAAAUUCAGCUUGAGUCCAUCUCCACUCGCCUCACGCUUAAGUGGUUUUAACAUAUAACGCCCAAAUUGUAACAUAUUUUAAUGCCAUGAUAUUGGAAAUUAUAUUCCUUUUAGGACUUCUUCAAGAGAUUAUUUUUAAAAUGUAGAUUUUAUCUGAAAACAGCCCCAUACUUGUACAUUAUGUAAGUCACACUAACAAAUGCAUUAAACUAAAAGAAAAGGAGCACAAUCAGAUUUAAUUUAUUGAUAGUGGACAUCAUUAAAAGUACAUGCUGAAUUAUCAGGAAGGGUCAUUGUGUCAAUGUUGAUUGUUGAACACUCAUGCACUAUUUGCACCAAAAGCAAAGCCCUUAGAAAUACAGAACCAAAUAAGAGAUCAGGUCAGAAUGAUGAUAUGGCCUUUGAUAUUGGAGUAUGGGAACUAUAUUGGAACAUUUUAGAGGCUUUUUCAGGUCUUCUGUAAAAAGGCCCCUGCAGGGACUUAAAGUAGCAGAUAUUUGAAUUGACCAGUCACUGAAACUGUUGCCUGUUUGUGCAUCGUCAUCGUCAUUUCAGGUCUUCUUUCGUUCCAAAGCGUCACAAGUGCCCGCACUCUUAGUUAGGUGCCAUUAUUUUCUUGAUUUAUUAACUUUGUUGCUUAUUGGGUCUGUAGAGGGGAUGCUUUUCGUUUGGCUAUUCUGUCUGUGCUUCAAUUACAUGGGUUUAAUGUGUGUUUGGAUCCUGUGAUCACUUUGUCACACUGCAGUCUGACAGCAAAACACGACACUGUGCCAAUCCACAAGACGCACUAUUUUGCUAUUAUAGUGAACUUAAAAAGUGCCUCACUGGUAUGUUUUAAAAAAAACAAUUUAGAUAAUCUUAAUUUUCUCAACUUUACAUAAAACGUGGUGGUACCGUUGUCAUCCUAAAGGCUGUCCUUUUGCAAUUUUCCCAAUUUACUAUUAUAUUUUCCUCAACUAUCACGAGCAGACCGAUGACGUACUUCUUUGUAUGACGAAUCAGUAGGGCCAAAACCAAGACUGGGUCAGUCAUCCUUCCUUUCACAUUCCCUGUAGUAGCAUAGACAAACAUACCUUGAUUGUGGAGAUCAAACUAAUAUUGAGGUCACUUUUUAAUUAAUUCCAUCUUUGAUUUAAUGGCUUCAUUUCAUUCCAUAUCACUUUAAAUGAGGGAUCCAUGACAAGUAAUCAAUUGUGGGUACCCGAAUGUUCAACAAAAAAAAUCAUAAAUUUUUCCCACAACAAUUACAAUUGCAUCUUUUAUGCAUUAUCUCCUAGGGAAACCAGUUGUCCCUCUUUCACAUCCCAGUGGAGCAUUUUGAAUGCCCCGGAAAAGCAAAACAUCUCUCUGUUUCUAGAGCAUUGGACUUGAGGAAGACCAGAGUCCAACUUUGCUCUUCUUCUCUCCACCUUUUAUUUGUCCUUUUAUGUCUCCUAUCCAGCUCCACUCACUGCUGUCCUCUUAUUGCUUCCUUUUCCUCUUUCACUUUGUCCUUGGGACCAUUUUAUCCCAGUGGUCACUGCCCACUCCCCUUUGUACAUAAUGUAAGGUUAUUUAUAUUUCAUUCCUGUCUGCUGCCUUGCUAAUUUUAUUUUCUAAUCCCCCUCCUUUUUUUUUCCUUUUUAAAAGAUGUAUAUUGAACUGUAUCGGGACCAUUUUGAAAUGUAUUAGAGAUGUUUUGUUUUGGCCAUUUUUAAUUUGGUAUAAUUGUCUUAAGCAAAUGCUAUUCUUUAAUUUGCCUAUGUUUGUUUUUAGUGUUUUGUUAUUCAACAUUUGAAUAUAUGUAUAUAUAAUUAUAUAUAUAUGAUAAAAUUAUAUAUAAUUAUAUAAUGCCAAAUGGCCUUUCUAAGCAAGAUACUGUUCAAACCUAAUAAAGUGCUUGAGAUUUUA